CGCAGUCUCCACGGCCCCAGUGCCCCGCACGCCGAGGUCCCGGAGCCCCGGCACGCGGAGGUCUCGGCGGCGGAGGACCCCGCGGGCGGAGGUCUCGGCCCCCACCAUGCUUCUGGGGAGCGCUGGACUGCUCUUGCUGCUGGUCAGCGGCCUGCAGGCUGGAGCCGCGGAGCAGGAGGUGAGGGCGAUGGUGGGCAGCGACGUGCGGCUCGGCUGUGUGCACCCCAGAGGGGGCAGCUUCGACCUCAGCGACCUCAUGGUCUACUGGCAAGUCGGCGGCUCGCAGACCGUGGUGGCCUACUACUUCCCCGAGAACAGCUCCGCCAGCCACCAGGACGGCCAGUACCGGAACCGGGCCUCGCUGUCGCCAGCCGCCAUGAGGCGGGGCGACUUCUCGCUGCACCUGCGCAACAUCACCCCGCACGACGGGCAGACGUUCGACUGCCUGGUGUUCCGCAAGUCCGUGCUGGAGAAGAUGCUGGAAGCCGUGGUCACGCUGCACGUGGCAGCCAACUACAGCCUGCCCGUGGUCAGCACGGCCAGCGGCGCCUCCCCGGACGGGGCCCUGACCUUCACCUGCACGUCCAGCGACGGCUACCCGCGGCCCAACGUGUACUGGAUCAACAGGACGGACAACAGCCUGCUGGAUGAGGCUCUGCACAACAGCACGGUGUCCCGGAACGCGCGGGGCCUCUACGACGUGCUCAGCGUCCUGAGGGUCCUCAGGCCCCCAGCCGUGGACGUCGGCUGCUGGAUAGAAAACGUGGUGCUGCAGCAGAACCUCACCGGCGCAGCCGCAUGGGCCCAGCAGCUGCGAGCCUCGGGCCGGGUUUUCCAGGGUGCCGCAGGGCCGAGCCGAAGCAGCUUCCCCGUGUGUCUGCCGCCCCCAGGGCUGCCAAGGCUCAUUUGCCCAUGA